AUGCUCGAAGACGACAUCUACCGUACCUCCUCACAGUAUCGCCUCUGGUCCUUCACCGAAGAAUCCCUCCACUCGAUACGGGCCAAUACCAAUGCCGUUGCCGGUGAGCGAGUUAGGGCCGCGAUACGGCGGGCUACAAGGGAUGUGCGAUCGCAGCAACCAGCAGCAGCAACAACAAUCACAACAACAGGCCCGAGGUCCGGGAGCGGUACGCCAAACGCAACUGGCGAUGCGGAUGAUGGCAAAACGGCGGAGACGGGGGUGGGUAAUGGUGAGCAGGUAGCGGAGAAGGAGAAGGAGAAAGAGAUUGAGUGUCUGACGACGGAGGAGGAGCUGGAGCUGGUGAGGUAUUAUUGUGAGAAGACGAUGGAGUUGGGAGAUGAGUAUAAGCCGCCGCUGCCGACGGUGGUUAGGACAGCAGUUCAGCCCUUCAGUCGCUUUGGCCUUAGCGACUCCCGCAAGACCUACCACCCCAAAUCCAUCAUGCCCUGCGCGCUCUUCCUCGCCACAAAGACAGAAAACUACUACAUGUCCCUGCGUGCAUUUGCAGAACACAUCCCAAACUCCACGCCGGAGGAUAUCAUCGCGCCCGAAUUCCUCCUUACGCAGGGCCUCCGCUUCACCUUUGACGUCCGCCACCCUUUCCGCGGCUUGGAAGGUGGGAUCAUGGAACUAAACGCCAUUGCGCGCGGGGAGGGCGCGCCGGGACCGCACCACCCAGAGCAAACUGCAGCUGGUCUGCAAAAGGCCAUCCAAUCGCUCCCGCCAGCCCCACUGCCUCCAUCCUCAACGGCGGACGCGAAGCCCAGUGGUGGUGGUGGUUCUAUAACCUCCCGCAUCGCCAAGGCACAUCACAACACCCGCGAAAUCCUCCGUUCCGCCGCACAGUUGACAGACGUAUAUUUCCUCUACACGCCCUCUCAAAUAUGGCUCUCCGCCCUACUCCUAGCCGAUAAACCACUAGCGGAAUUCUACAUCGACACAAAACUCAUCCCAUUAUCACCACAAUCCACUACCACCUCCUCCUCCUCCUCCAGCCUCUCCAGCCCUUCACAACCAUCCUCACACCUCUUCACAGCCCUCCGCACCAAACUCCCCCUCAUCUUCACCGCCUGCACCACAACCCUCUCCACCUACCAAACAACCCACACCCCCACAACCGCCCCUGCCACGAUGAAAAACCUCAAACGCAUCGGCAGGAAACUCUACCACUGCCAGAACCCCGAGAAGAUAGAUCUGCGCAGUUUAAACCGCACCGCGAAGCGCGAGGGGUCCUCUGCUGCUACGACGGGGGCAGGGACGCCGGCUGCGGCUGGCGAAGUUGGUGCUGGUGGUGCUGGUGCUGGUGGUGCUGCGGGUACUGGUCCUGGUGGUGAGGAUGAGGCGGAACUGCAGCGGGCGGCGAAGAAGCGGAAGUUGGAGAGGGAGCGGUUUGAGAGGGAGGGGCAGAGGCUUUUUGGGGGGGAUUUGAUGGAGGAGAGGAAGAGGAAGGGUGGGGCGGUGGAUUGA